AUGCUUGUUUGUCAUACCAUAACAAACAAGAUUUACAUAGGAACUCGUGUCCGAAAGUGCGAACGGCGACCGCUAGAGGGCAAUGUUCGCAGGCGUAGAAGGGCAAAAAGAAAGGAUGCGCGUGACUACCAUUAUGAAUUCACGGAAUGUGACCAAAGUGGAGGCCGGUGGCGAGUUUCGGUUCCAAAACCUUUGACCUGCGUGGGUGGAGCUCCCAACCCCCCAACACGAGUUAACGACUGCCGUAUAUCGUGUGAAGCGGGUACCUAUUUCAACCGUUCUACCUUAGAGUGCGUUUCGUGUCCUCCCGGAACCUAUUCUUUGGGCGGGGGCGUGAAGUUCGACUCAUGGGACCAUCUCCCCCUGGGAUUCCACGUGUCCUUGGAAUCGUUCGAGAGCAGCUUCCGAAUGCUCCACAGUUUCAACGUUGACAGUGGCGUCAACUGUUCCGAGUAUGGUUGGAAACCACAGAAAUCAUUUAUCUCCUCCCAUGGAGGACCUUGUGCAGCGACUUUAACCUAUUCUGUAAAGCUGGUCAAGCCUGGUGUACUUUCCUAUACCUACCAGUAUACAGAUCCUUCCAUUCUGUUUAAUUUUGAGGCUCAAAAUGACCAGUGCCAAUCCAUCGAUGAUGUUGAGAAAUAUAAGUGGCCCAGAACCACUGACGAAGCUAAAUGGAGAACGUCAACAGUUCAGCUGAAAGCGGGUCUGAAUGUCCUUUACUGGAAAACCGUAGGAAUGGGGUUCUCAGAAAACACGAGGAAAUCCCAGCCAGUUCGCAUUAAGAAAAUAGAAAUUAGCGGUGUGGCUUAUACAUCAGAAUGCAGUCCUUGCGCACCAGGGUCCUACAGCAGUCUUGGUUCUAAACUGUGCACUCCUUGUCCCGAAAAUACUUAUUCUGACGUUGGUUCUUCGGACUGCACUCCUUGUGAUUCUUUAACACAAUAUGCUCCCAAAGGCUCUUCAAAGUGUCUGGAGAGACCUCCGUGCACCAAGCAAGACUUCUAUGAAAUGCACACGCCGUGUGACGAUAUGAAAAUGACACAAAUUGUCUAUAAGUGGAUGGAACCGAAGAUCUGCCGAGAUGAUGUGCCUAAUUCCGUUCCUCUGCCCACAAUUACCGACAAGACACCUUGUCCUCCUUGCAAUCCAGGGAUGGAAUAUUCCAACCAAUCCAUGUGCGCAUUUUGUGCAAAGGAUCAUUAUUCUGACGGUUCAGAACCUUGCAAGCCUUGUCCACCCUCCACUGCACCCAACUAUGGACUCUUCUUCAAGUGGUGGCCUGAGAUACCCCCAGGAAUGUACUCUCGUUGCAUGAGUCUCGAAGAGGGGGGCUGCAUGACGAACCUGGUCUGGCAACCGGCUGGAGAUCACAUACGAACCACUACUGGGCAAAGCCUGGACGCUUACCUCAUCCUGUCGCUGGACGUGCCUGGAUUUCGUACAAAGGAAAGAAUAAUGAAUGGCCAAUCGGCUGAGAUUGGAACAGUCAGCUUCACUUUCGAAUUGAUUUGCUCUCAAGCUUGCACUUUUGUCUUUAUGAUGGUAAAUUUUAUUGGUAAUCAAUACAGAUUUGCAAACGAAUGAAUCAUUGUGAAAUUU